AUGGACAACAUCUGGGAAAGACAAGAUAUCACAAUAUCCACUAAGGCCAGACUGGUCCAGGCAAUUGUGUUCCCAAUCACAACCUAUGGUUGUGAAAGCUGGACAGUAAGAAAAAGCGAUAGGAGGAGGAUAGAUGCUUUUGAACUUUGGUGUUGGCGUCAGAUUCUCAGAAUUCCGUGGACAGCUAGAACAACUAAUAAAGCAGUCCUGGAUAAAAUUCGGCCACAAAUAUCCUUGGAGGCAAAAUUGAUUGCUCGCUUGAGGCUAAAGUUCUUUGGUCACACCAUUCACGCCAACUCCCUAGAAAAACAGAUCAUUCUGAGAAUGGUUGAGGGACAUAGAGGGAAGGCAAUGCAUCAGGUGGAUGGAUAA